UUAUAGUCGAAAUAUGAAAGGUUCCACUUUGAUCUUCAUGGAUCUCAAAAAUGAAUGUGGCUACCACGAUACUCCGUAAACGAGUUGGGGUUCAGCCAGGAACGAUUGCGCGGACCUGUACGGACAAGAUUGCCGAAGUCGGCGACAAGUCGCUUGAAAAAAAAUCAUAUUUUUCCACUGCCAAGAUAGAGGUUUACCAAUUGAAUCUACCAGUUACAAAAAAUACAAAAAUUUCUUUUCUCCUUUCGGCGCCAAGCUUUAUUGGCCAGUGCUGCGAUGUUGAUAUAACUUCUUUGUUGCUGAUCUUUAAUUUUUCUUGUGCUUUGGUGUAUCCGAACACCGCGACUGUCGCGGUAUAAAUGAUUGAAGAUGUCCACCAAAGCUAAAUCGAACACCCACAAAACUGAAUUUUCCUUUCCUUCUUCUCUUUACUUUUUCCUAUGAAUUCGCAUCUAGAUAUUAUUGCAAAAAGAGCCGCUGCGGCAAAUGGAUGGAGCAACCUUUACCAUUAUGAUCCAAUUAUCCCCGUCGCUAUUGUAGCUGGUGUAUUAUACACACUAGCUUGCAUAGUUGUUGCCUGGCAGACGAGAAAAUACCACAAAAAAUACAUGCACACUGUCACCUGCACCGCAUUUUUCGAGGCGCUUGGUUACUAUAUACGCAUUUACUCUGGAAAGCACACUGGCCUUCUGGGUGCGUAUAUCCCCACUGCUCUGUUACUGCUACUUCCCCCUCUUGUUUUGGCUGUUGCAAGUUAUCGAACUUUGGCUCAUGUUAUGAGAGAAUCUGGUAUUACGACUGGCAAAAAAGCUAUCAAGAUUAUUGAAAGUGCCUUUUUGUACUUGGAUAUUUUGGCCUUCUUCACUCAGGCUGCUGGCUCUGGAAUGUUAGUGUCACAGGGAUUAGCUAACACAGGAAACAAGAUUGCGAUUGCUGGUAUGGCCAUUAGUUGUGUCAACUUCGUCAUUUUUGCUGGUACUAUUGCUGUCAUCCAUCGAGCAGCUCUUCGCGAAGCACCAGUAUUUUAUAAAUCCAACCUCCGGCCGGUCUUCCUAGCUCUUUACUUGAACAUCAUAGGUCUUAUCAUUCGUUCAUUCUAUCGACUUGUUGAGUUCGCUGAUGGAUUUUUUGGCUAUAUCAACACACACGAGGUUUUCUUCUUGUUCUUCGAUACUCUAUUGAUAUUCCUUUGUAUCUGUACCUGGAUUGCAUUUCCUCCUGGAAAGUAUUUGAAAGGAAAUGCGCCUUUGACUCCUCCCAAUGAAAAUGGAGACGACUACUACAACCUUGAGACUCAGAAGGAGGAAGCAUAUGGAGCAUAAACCUGACAUGGUAUGGAUUCUCGAUGUAGUACGUGAACGGUGCGAGAUUAAUAUCAUCCAGUUGAUAUUCUACCGUACUUAACAUCAUUUAGACUUCGACUAGUGUACAUUAUAUGAAAUUCUAUUAUAAACUCUUAAAGACUUGCAUACUAAAUAUUGUUGACUUAGUCACCA